CACUCUACGUGCUAAAUUUACUCGUACGCCAACUCUCGUUAAAGAAAAGAUGAGGCGCGGAAAGGCCAUUAUUUUUGUUGUGGUGUUGGUAUUUUUAGUAAAUUUUACAAUUGGGUCAGGGGACGUAGAACCUGAUGUGCAAGAGAGGAAUUCUGCAGUCAAGUUAAUCAGGCCAAACAAAUUACCAUCACCGAAUUCAAAAAUCGUUGGAGGAAUGGAUACUGAUAUCGCUAGGUAUCCAUAUCAGCUUUCCGUUCGGCUUGAUGGACAGCAUGUUUGUGGAGCUUCAAUUAUAAGUGCAAAUUAUGCUUUGAGUGCUGCUCACUGCUUUGUUAGGGAAAUAUUGGAAGGUGUGAAAGAAGUUACAGUGGUAUCUGGGAGCACCUAUCUGGACAAUGGCGGAACCUCCAGCAAAAUUCGAUCAAUAAUUUCCCACCCGAACUACUCAAACAGAACUAAUGAAUUUGAUAUAGCUGUGCUUAGGAUGGCCGAUCCUUUUGUAUUUAAUGAACGUGUGGCUGCAAUUGCAUUGCCACAAAGUGGUGCUCAGCCCUCUGCGGGUACAGAUGCAGUCGUUACAGGAUGGGGACUUCUCCAGUCUGGAGCUCAAAAUGUGCCCAACACUCUUCAGCUUGGUCGGGUGAAGGUAGCAGAUUUUCGUAGGUGCCGACGAAGUUAUUUUUUCCGCGUGAGGACCAAAUUAACAGGAAGAAUGAUCUGCGCAGGAAACGAAAUUACCGAUUCUUGCCAAGGUGAUUCCGGUGGCCCACUUGCUGCAAACAAUGUUCAAAUUGGAAUCGUCUCAUUUGGAGCAGGAUGUGCUACACCUGGACUACCUGGAGUGUACACAAAUCUUGGUGACCCAUCAAUUCGUAGCUGGAUAUCAGAAAACACCAAUUCUCUAUGAGAGAGUAUCAUUAAUCAUUAUUUAUAUUAAUUAAAUAUUAUUAUUCAAAAAUUUAAGAAUAAAAUUAUGUUAUAAAAUUUAUUAAAUUUUGAAUAUGGCUAAUGUUUUAAAUUUAAUUUUUUUAUUUUGAAUAGUUUGUAAAUAAUCUAUAAUUAAAAAAAUAUAAAAUAAUCAACUGGUAUUCUUUUUUGGUUCAAAAAUUGCACUAAAUUUUAAUAUAAUAACAAUGGAUUUUGCAGUUUUUUGUGAGAUACGGGAGAGAAAAUAUGUGUAAAUACUGCUGCACACCUGAGGUUUGUUUUGUUGAUAGCUUGAUAACAUUAUCACCAGAGCAAAUGGUGUACAAAAAUAAACAUUUUGUGGGUCAGUUCGCGUAUCUCCACUUUGCCUUCACAUAAUGAGAAUUAUUACAUAAUU